AUGGCCAACGAAGAGAACCCAGUUGUCGGUGCGAGUCUAAUCACAAGAAUGCAAAACUUAGAAGGACACGAAAAAACGCCGCAAAUUACGACAGUAGUAAGAAGCAAGGGUGCUACACCCUGCAAUCGUGAAGAAGAAGAUAUGGCUAGCCAAAAAGGACUAACGAUAGAAGAAUCCAAUAUAGAAGAGUUCAAAUUCUUUAAAAGCAUGAGAGCUAUGAGGAAACAACAUGCUAAAAUGGAAGAACAGAAUACCUCAAAAGAAAAAGAUCAGGAUCGAGUAUCCAUUUGUACUAGCCAUACUAUCGAUUCAUAG